AACCAAAUACGUAGCUUCUCAAAACCUAGAAAUUGGACCAGAAAAGAUCCACUCUCCACAAAACAAGCCCAUUAGCUCAAUCUCACGCUAAAAACCCUAAUUCUGAGCUCGAUCACACAAGUACCUGGGACUCGCAGUUCUGCUAUUUCCUAUCAGAAAAUAAGGACGGCAGCCGAGAGUGGAAAAUGCAGAUCUUCGUGAAAACUCUAACUGGGAAGACCAUAACCCUUGAGGUCGAAUCCAGUGACACCAUAGACAAUGUCAAAGCCAAAAUUCAAGACAAGGAAGGGAUUCCACCGGACCAGCAGAGAUUGAUCUUUGCCGGAAAGCAACUGGAAGAUGGCCGCACUCUCGCAGAUUACAAUAUCCAGAAAGAGUCGACAUUACAUUUGGUUCUGAGGUUGCGUGGUGGGAUUAUCGAGCCAUCCUUGAUGGCAUUGGCUAGAAAGUACAACCAGGACAAGAUGAUUUGUCGAAAGUGUUAUGCACGUCUGCAUCCUCGUGCUGUCAACUGCAGGAAGAAAAAGUGUGGACACAGCAACCAGUUGAGGCCGAAGAAGAAGAUCAAGUAGACGAGAUAUGGAAUUGCUUUUAGAAAGUUACUGUCAAGAGGAUAUCUCAUGCUGCAGCCUGUCUGCAUAUAAGGAUUUUAACAGUUUUAAAAAUUGCAUCUUGGUCAUUAUGGAUCAUCUCGUCUUUUUUGUUUGUUUGGAGAUAUUCGAAUUCUUAGUUAUUUGGAUAUUUUCAGUUAUAAAUGCCAUUUCUCUGUGGUUCUUUACAGAAUAUUGUGGUUUUAUGAUGUAUUUUCAUAUACAUAUGACAAUUUGGUAUUUGAUGUAUGAAGCAAUAAAAAAAUUAUCACA